UAACGCAACCAGCGUAUCGACGGACAACUGCGGGCACCGAACACCGAGCCACUCGGAGGCUGGCCCCGGACCCCCUCAAGAGCCCGUGUGGGGCCUGACAUUGUACCCGGUAGUUGGGCUCUCGCGAAGCACUACCUAUCGUAUGAAGUUGAAGACAUCAGAUAUUUCUAUGAUCCUCUCUAUAGAAUGACUCGCAUCCGCACUGUCGGUAUUGUUUGCCGAACUUUCGCGGUGCUCCGAGCACUUGCAGGGGAUUGAAUACAAUUGCGCGUAAGGCGCACAGCAACCUACCCACCAGAUAAUUGAAUGUGACCAGUGAGAUCCAAGAAAAGAACAUCGUCGUGGUCGUCCACCUUUCUUUCUCUAGUGUAGUCUUGGGAGCUGAUGCUCAACUACUUUUCACCAUGGCGACGUCCCUCAAGAUCAUCAUCGCGGGAGGCGGUCUCGCCGGGGCACUACUCGCAGACGGCCUGAUGAAUCACGGCGUGGACAAAACCGUAUACGAACGAGACGCAGAGGAUACCAAGAGAGAGGGAUAUCAAAUUCGAUUGGGUGAGAGCGCCAUGACAGGUUUCAACGCCUGUCUCAAGCCAGCUGAAAUUGCGACUAUUAAGUCUCACUUCAGUCAAAUGUCCUCGACAGGCCUUACGGCGCCGGCCUUCUUGAACAUGAGAUUUCAGACUGUGCUUGACUUGGGCCAACUCCCGUCCUACAGUGCGUCUUCCGCCAUUAAUCGUGUUGUGCUCCGAGAUGUUCUCGCAUUUGAAGGGUACGAAGUUGUCAAAAGCGACAAUGGGCAGGAACGUGUGAGAGUCCACUUCGCCGACGGCACUACGGAUAUUUGUGAUGUUCUUAUUGGCGCAGAUGGCAGCGGAUCAAGAGUCAACAAGCAAGUCGGAGCUCGGAACAUUGUACCAAUUGACAGUCAUGCCAUGAUCCUCAGCAAAGGCCCUUUGCCAGAAGACUGGACGGAGAAGUUGCCUCCACGUCUGACCAAAAGUCCACUAAUUACUUUUGCUGGCGGUGUUUCUAUGUUCUAUGCGUUAUUUCUGCCCGCCGCGGACGAGACGACCCAAAAGGCCGAGAAUGGCGCUAGAUAUAGCACGAAGGAUGCGUAUUACUACUGGGGUCUUAUGAUUCCCAAAGACAGAAUGCCGACCGAUGACUGGAACAAGGUGGAGGAUCCCAUGAAGCUUUGUUUCGACGACAAGAACAUGGGCCAUAUUACUGUAGCACGCAUGCGAGCAAGCAAGAGACUUUCGAAAACAUGGCGGAAAGACGACAAACAAACAACCGGUGACGAGGGACAUCCUCGAGUCUGGCUGAUCGGGGAUGCAAUGCAUGCAAUGCAACCUAAUAGGGGAAUGGGAGGGAACCAAGCCUUCCAUGAUUGCGCCGACGCAUUACCUCAAUUACUCGCCCUCAAACAGAAGGCUGAUUCGGGCAUCGGGCCAUCAACACGAGAUAUCAGUGUAGCGUGCAGUCAGUACGAGAGCAGAAUGAUCGAUCGAGCUUUCCCAUGGGUGAGCAAGAGCGGAGGAACCAGUGUCCCAGUAAGUGACUACAUGUGA